AUGCGGGUUGUACCAUUGAUACUUGCACCAGUUUCUGUUCUUGCUGGCAUAUUGCCGACAUGCUCGAUUCCUGGAUGGUCGAGUCCAAGUCCAACCACAGUGAAGGCAUCGAGUCCCGCGGCUGUCACUGGUGCUCCCAUCUCGAAGCCUUCAGGAAUCAGCAUAUCCAGCGUGACCUGUUCUGGAAAGGGUUGCCCGUCUGGUAGCGUGUCUACAUCGCUCUCCGCUGACAAGACCGUCGUCACUCUCGGAUUUGACAAGUUCCAAGCGUACAUUGGCCCGGGAACGUCGGUGGCGGACCGCUCCAAGAGUUGCAAUCUCAUGCUUACACUCAAAUACCCACCAACAUACUCAUUCACCGUGGUGUCCAGCACGUACCAUGGCUAUGCGCAGCUCGACAACGGCGUCACCGGAAAGUUCUCCUCGACCUACUUGUUCUCGUCGCUCUUGUCCGCCACGUUCAGCACGAGCACCAGCGUCCUGGGUGGCGUUUCGCUGGAGUCAGGGUCUGUCUACACAAAGAGUGACACCAUCUCGACACCUAACUUGGUUCUCAGCCCGUGCGGCCUCUUGAGCGUUGGCUCGUCGGCUUUACUGAACAUUGGGAACGCAAUUUCUCUCACUAGCUCCAAUUCUUCUGCUGUCGGGCUGAUGACCAAUGACGACGCAGCGGUCUCCACGACACAGCAGGUGGCGCUGAAGUGGUUCAGUUGCUGA